GAGGCAGGCAGCAGGAGAUGGUGGUUCCUCCAACGUGUUCUCCAUGUUUGAGCAGAGCCAGAUUCAGGAGUACAAAGAGGCUUUCACAAUCAUUGACCAGAACAGAGACGGUAUCAUCAGCAAAGAUGACCUGAGGGACGUGCUGGCCUCAAUGGGCCAGUUGAACACCAAGACUGAGGAGCUGGACGCCAUGAUCAAGGAGGCCAGCGGCCCCAUCAACUUCACCGUCUUCCUCACCAUGUUCGGAGAGAAGCUGAAGGGUGCUGACCCCGAGGACGUUAUCCUUACCGCCUUCAAGGUUCUGGACCCCGAGGCUACUGGAAGCAUCAAGAAGGAAUUCCUUGAGGAGCUCCUGACCACUCAGUGCGACAGGUUCUCCAAGGAUGAGAUUAAGAACAUGUGGUCCGCCUUCCCCCCAGAUGUUGCCGGCAACGUAGACUACAAGAACAUCUGCUACGUCAUCACACACGGAGAGGAGAAGGAGGAGUAAAGAGAACGCUAGAAGACUAAAAAAAACAGCAAUCCCUUUGCUUGUCUGCCUUCCCUGCCCUCUUCUUUCCUCCUCUUCCUCCUCGCCAAGCUUCUGUGUAAACCUGUGUGCUCAGCCGUUCGUGGUCAAACCAAAGACUCUGACGCACGAGAGGGCUGAUGCUCAUGGGGUGUCUAUGUUUGCUUAUGGGGAAUAGAGGGUGAUUUCCAAUAAAAUUAUCCUGUAACAUCAUUUCCAUCCACAAGCUUUUCUCAAAAACCUUUUCUUUCCUUGCAACCAUCUUCUGUCUUCUCACCUCUACAUCUCUGUCUGCCCCGUCACAUCCACCUCUGAGGUGUGUGAUGAACUGUGUCCCUCUGCUUCCCUCAGCAUCUGAGGAGGAGACAGCUUUACGACACAGUACGAGGACCUCAUUCCAAAUUUUGAAGACUUCCUCUCGGGUGUAAAAAAGGGAGGAGGGGGGAGCAAUUGCAGGUUAGAAAGGGGAAAAGUUGCCUCCUUAAAGUGACGACAACUUUUCUUCCUUGAAAAGUGGAAAAAGA